AUGACGUCCUUAUGCCACAAUAUAAUUAAUAUUUCUUGUGUGAAAAAUAGCUGGUCAAAUGGUGUUCGCAUUUCCUUGUAUAGUUUGAUGAUACUCAUAAUUCUUACCACACUUGUUGGAAAUUUGAUUGUGAUUAUUUCCAUAUCACACUUCAAGCAACUUCAUACUCCAACUAACUGGCUCAUCCAUUCAAUGGCCAUUGUGGACUUCAUGCUGGGGUGUCUGGUAAUGCCUUAUAGCAUGGUGAGAUCUGUUGAGCAUUGCUGGCACUAUGGUGAAGUCUUCUGUAAAAUUCACACCAGCAUUGACAUCAUGUUGAGCUCAGCCUCCAUUUUCCACUUGUCCUUCAUUUCCAUUGACCGUUACUAUGCAGUAUGUGAUCCACUGAGAUACAAGGUCAAGAUCAAAAGGUCGGUGAUUUUUAUGAUGAUCUUUGUUAGUUGGAGUGUCCCUGCUCUCUUCGCAUUUGGAAUGAUAUUUCUGGAAUUGAACUUCAAAGGAUCUGAAGAGAUGUAUUACAAACACAUUCACUGCAAAGGGAGUUGUUCACUUUUCUUUAGCAAAACAUCUGGGGUAUUGGCUUUCAUGACCUCUUUCUAUAUACCAGCAUCUGUUAUGGUGUGUAUCUACUAUAGAAUAUAUUUCAUAGCUAAAGGACAUGCACGAUUAAUUGACGAUACAAGCCAAUUUCACAUUAGCUUAGAAGAGACAAAUGGAAUCUCACGAAGAAGAGAAAGGAAAGCUGCAAAGACUCUAGGGAUUGUGAUGGGGGUUUUCCUGAUAUGCUGGUGUCCUUUUUUUGUCUGCACAGUCAUGGAUCCUUUCCUGGAUUAUACCAUUCCACCAGCCUUGAAUGAUACACUGAUCUGGUUUGGUUACUUAAACUCUACUUUUAAUCCAAUGGUUUAUGCAUUUUUCUACCCAUGGUUCAGAAGAGCACUGAAGAUGAUUCUACUUGGUAAAAUUUUCCAAAAGGAUUCAUCUAGAUUGAAAUUAUUUUUAGACUCAAAUCCAUAGAAAUGUUGCAUUUUACUGUUUUACUAACCGUUGGCCACCCUAUCUGUAAAUUCUCCAACAUCAACCACGUGCCCCAAGUAAAUAUAUGGUUCCUUUAGCAAUUAUUUUAGUCAAAGAAUGUACAGUGAGAUAAGAUGUUUAUACUUUGCUUCCUACUUGAGGCAUAGUAGAUACAGUCUUUGCCACUCUUCUUAUUACUAUUGAAACAUAUCCAGUUCAAGACUUUGGGGUCUACAUUUUAAAGAACUUUUCAUUCCUUUCCAAAGACAUGACUUGAAACUGAUUGUGGUAACUUCCUCAGUAGAGCAGGAAAAUUCAGUGGAUAAAAACCGCAAGUCUAUUUUUGGGGAUGAAAAUAAAUAUGACUGUUACCUAUUUGCUUGAAUAUAUAUAUCUUGUAGCAUCAACUAAAAGUACACAUUAAAUGUUAUUAUUAAAUAAUCGCUCAUAUGCAUUUUACUAUUAAUACCAACCCUUACUAUUACUAUUAAUACCAACCCAAUUCCUUUAUAUCUUGAUUUUUAUCUUUUAUCUAUUGAUUUUAUGUUUUUUCCUCCAUUAUAUUGGGGGUGGGUAGUGGAUUCCAGUGUUGUUAUUGACAUCAUAAUCCCAUGACUCUUCUUCGUCUUCUCUACCCCAGCAUCUUUGGCUUUGGUGUAAUAUACCCUGCGCAGUCCAAGGUUUGCUUUGUGUUUUUCUUUUCUAGCAUGUUUCUUAAGUUCUACGUGUUAAUGAGAUCAACUGGUAUUUGUCCUUCUAUUUUUGAAUUAUCUCACUUAACAUAAUGCCCUCAAUUUCCAUCCUAGAUGAAGCAAAGGAAAAGCAUUCAUCACUUUUGUUAGCAGAGUAUUUCAUUGUAUAUAUAUAUAUAUAUAUGUAUCUUUCUUAGCCAUUUACCUGUUGUUGGACCUCUGAGUCAUUUCCAAGAAGACUUUUCUGAUUCCUAUAGGAAAUUUGACGAAGAUAAAGUGCAAAUUAAAUAUCAUAUAGAGAAACAAAAUAAAAGUAACAGUAUCACUAAUAGUUAAUUUCCUGAAAGAACUAUGUUAUUCUAUCUAUAGCUCAUCUACAUCUAUAUCUAUAAUAAUUCCUGCUCUGGGAUACUUGUUUUGAUAAAAAGAGACAGGAAGAGAUAAGGUAAGAGACAACAACACUGAAGCUUCUCCCAGUGAGGUGGUGCCCAGGAUGGAACCUGAAUAGUGUAUAUGGUAAAGUAGGUGGCUUGCCAAAGAAACUAUCAUGUAGAUUGUUUGCAGUUAGUAGAAACAAUUUUUUUCUGACUGUAUUGUUGUAUUGUGUUGGUGUAUAAAUAUAUUUUUAGUCAUUUUCUUAUUUUUAAGAUACUAUACAUUAAAAUAUUUUUUUUGCCU